AUGAUCAAGCAAGCUGCUCCGCAGCAUCCGCACGGACUCACCAAAUUACAGCAUCGCCUUCUCUACGAGUCCGACUCGGAAUCUUCCUUCGACUUGUCCUUCAGCUCACCCUCCAGCGUCGGAUCUGGUUCUGUUUACAGCGAUGUCGGUUCACGUACCGGCAGCUCCAGCUUCUCGCGCCGCGCCGGCCGUCAUGGCUCCAAUGCGUCCCGCUCCGAGUCCAUCUCUUCCGUGCUCGGCUCUUCCAUGGCCAUACAAAGGGUCAUGAUGGGCGGCAGCGACACCGCGCCGAGUCGUUCAAGGCAGUCACAGCGCCAGUCGGUGCGAGCCAUCGCUAGCGCUUUCGAAGAAGCUAGCAAGUCAAGCACCGUACGUGCGCCUCCCAUCAAGUUGCCAAGUCAGCUCGGACGCGUCGAUGAGCAGAGUGAACCACGCAGAUUCGUUGCUCAGGGACAUAACGGGUCAACGCUGCCCGUUUGUCGUCCCGCCGGCUCCUUCUCUGCUGAACGCAGCAACACCUCGCGUACCGUGGUCAAUCGGUCUACGGAGGCUCCCAUUUCGGCUCCUGCCACGACCGCUACCUCACAAACCUCGCAAGCUUUUGCUCCGCGUGCAGGCUCAAACAAUACGACCCUGCAGCACCCUCACUUCGUGUUCCCAUCCCGAACUCCAACCCAACAACAAGAACAGUGGUCGCACGACCAAGAUUCACAGCGUCAGUCUCGCAGCUUUGUCGGCUCAAAAACCCAAUACGAUGACGAGGAACCCAUCUUCGAUAUUGUCCCUUCACCAUCCCGCAAACGGAAUGUUGGCCUACCUUCUGUCAUGGUGGCCUCUCGCACCUCUCUUGUUCAGCAAGAGCCUGACGCUCCUCGUGCAUCUCUGUCUAGAAGUGCGUCCACCAUCGCCUCUUCGCCUCGACUGCCAUCCUCGCUCACCACAACAUCACGCGACUCGCUUGACUCGAGCUACUCAUUGGACUCGCUCAGCGGCCAUCCCUUUUCGUUGCAAUUCGCCGGCGACGAAGACGAUGGUGACAUGCGAGUCAGUACGACUGCAUCUAUGCAGGAUCCAGAUGAGGUUGACAUUUUCAGCAGCCCAUUCAUCAACCACGGCGCGAAAGGCUUCGUCAUCCCACCAUCUCCGCAUUCGGAGAGCAAAUCCCUUUCCCGUCAGCAGAGUGAGCCUUCAUCUGCAGCUCCGCCCGACGCGCUCCUUGCUUCGUCGGGGCGCACGCUUCAGCCCCUGCUUCUUUGCUCGUCACGUCCGUCCUCCUCUUCGUCGGCCUCGACGGCGACGCAGACACUGUCAGCAACGUCAACAGCGCAAGCGCAGCCGAUUGCCUCGAUGAGGAUCAACCAAGAUACUUCGUUCCCGCUUCCGCCCGGCACUCAUGGGUCGACGCUUCGCUCCGCGUCCGUAGAGAGACAGGCUCUCCCGUCUAUUCGCGAAGCUGCCCCCACCACCGCAGUCGACCUCGGCAGCGAAUCUGGAGCAGACCAAACACUCGCGAUCUCUGAACUCAAACAACAAGCAGCAGCGCUGCUCGAGUCGAUUCGUUCCCUCAGCGAUGAGAUCGACGAGUCCAUCCCAUCGACGCAUCGCUUGCCCGGUACCUCGUACAAAUCUGCCGCUGGUGUCCACGGCAAUCGUAGCAAUCACAGUAGCAGCGGUAGCGACGUCGAAGGCACAAAAGCAUCCUUCGUGGCGGUCGACGAAACAUACACCGACGUAUGGAGGCUCAUGGACUCUUGGUACUGGUCGAGCUUUGAAGUCGGAUCACAGUAG